AUGGCAGUGGCCCUUCUUUCUUUACCCCCUGUCAGAUGCGAAAUAUUAGGAAACUUGGCCACCCUCCCAUUCGUCUUCCCUGCGGCUGCCACCUUAGCAUUUACAAAUUCUCUUCUGUCAGGCAAAGAAACGUGGAUAAAUUGUACCUGUUCAGAGGUGGGUUCAGGUUUAGUCAGGAUGACUUCCAACAGGCAUUGGCCAAAUCUCUUCAAAUCGAAGCCCUCAACUUCUCAACAUCAAUGGCACCAAAUGACCACCUCUUCAAACAUCUCCGGCCCAAACUUGUCCUCUAAUGAAGGAACAUCGUCACGGGAGGAAGAGAGAGAGAGGGAGAAGGAGAAGGAGAAAGAGAGGAACCCAGACCCAAAACUCAGAUGGAAUCCUAAGCCAGAACAGAUUCGAAUUCUGGAGAGCAUAUUCAAUUCUGGUAUGGUGAAUCCUCCGAGAGAAGAGAUACAGAAGAUCAGGAUGCAACUUGAAGAAUAUGGCCAAGUGGGAGAUGCCAGUGUUUCCUACUGGUUUCACAACAGAAAAUCCCGAACCAAGCAAAAACAACGCCAUCUUCAGGCUUCUGCUGAAAAAUCCUCUAAAUCCUCUGCCACUGGGCAAAGCUGUUUUGACCAAUAUGGUGUUACCCUUCCCAAUAACAAUACAAGCUCUUUCAUUGGAGAACUGCCUUCCUCUCUGCUGCCUUGUUCUGCCUCAUUUCCAAUGCAGUACUUGGGUUAUCAGCAGACUGAGGGAAUUAAUACCGCGCAAUACCUCAACAUGGAAGUAGCACAAAUGUGGAAUGAAGGUACAUCAUGUACUGGCAAUAUUCAUGGAAUGUCCAAUAUACCUCAGAAUCAACAGACCUAUUCUUCAUUUCUACACAAUGAAGGACAAGCUUAUCCUCCAUAUGUGGAUCACCAUGCAGCAGCUGAGACCUUUAAACCCCACCAAAAUCUCUUAUCACCGCCUCUGAAUGACAGCACUAUUAUUCAUUCAGGCGCCGAAUCGAGAGUGAGCAGCUCGAAUGCUUCUUCAUUCACCGUUUUUAUCAAUGAUAUUCCAAUCGAUGUUCCAAUGGGUCCUAUCAACAACAAUACAAACUCUUUCAUUGGAGAACUGCCUUCCUCUCUGCUGCCUUGUUCUGCCUCAUUUCCAAUGCAGUACUUGGGUUAUCAGCAGACUGAGGGAAUUAAUACUGCGCAAUACCUCAACAUGGAAGUAGCACAAAUGUGGAAUGAAGGUACAUCAUGUACUGGCAAUAUUCAUGGAAUGUCCAAUAUACCUCAGAAUCAACAGACCUAUUCUUCAUUUCUACACAAUGAAGGACAAGCUUAUCCUCCAUAUGUGGAUCACCAUGCAGGAGCUGAGACCUUUAAACCCCACCAAAAUCUCUUAUCACCACCUCUGAAUGACAGCACUAUUAUUCAUUCAGGUGCCGGUAUGCAAAGAUUUUCUUAUGCAGAUUCAAGAAAUGAGAUCUAUAGUUAA